UCCAUUGCUUCAUCUCUUUCAGAUUCUGAACCCAUUUUUCUCUACUUAACUUUAUCUUCAAUGGCUACUUUCGCUCAUAUCACUUCUCUACUAAAUACGUUACACUUCCAUUUUCUGCAGCCCCAUCCAUGUUUGAUUUUUGACGAUACAGAAGCCAUCAAAUCUGUGUGUGAGAAGAUUCGAUAUUUGCAAGCCUUUUUAGAGGGUUCUGAGAAGAUCAAGGCAAGGAGUGUUUUGGAGUCAGAGAUCAGAUGUGUGGCUCAAGAUGCUGAAGCCAAUAUUGAAUCCCAAUUAUAUCAACUUUAUCUGUGCUGCAACCAGGAAGAUCACCCACUUAAGCCUCCUCAGAGUCUUUACCACACCUUGGAACAAGUAAAACAAAAGAUUGAAUCAAUUGAACGGAGGAUUAUUGAGAUUAAGAGCAAUAACAACCAUUUUGCAGAGCCACAAAGUGGAAACAGAAUAGAGAAUAUCAAAGCUGGUAGUUCCUCCCAACGUUCUUCUGAGCCCAAGGAUGUGAUGGUAGGAUGUGACGAUGAGUUUGACACCAUAAUGCACAAGCUCACUUCACUUUCAGAAAAAUUGGAAGUCAUCUCAAUUGUGGGAAUGGGAGGGAUCGGAAAGACAACUUUGGUUAAAAGAGUCUAUGAAGAUGCGUCAAUUAUUUCUUAUUUUGAUGUUCGAGCAUGGGCUACUGUAUCUCAAGAACAUAACACUAGAGAAAUUCUCCUUAGCCUUCUUGACACCAAAGGAGGAGAUAUCUCUGAUCUACCCAAUCAGCUGCGUAAAAAGUUAAUGGGUCAAAGAUACCUAAUUGUUAUGGACGAUAUAUGGGGUACCAAGGCAUGGGAUGACCUCCAUAGGUGUUUUCCUGAAAGUUUCAAUGGGAGUCGAAUAUUGAUAACUACACGGCUCAAACAAGUGGCUGACUAUGCUAGUUCAGGUAACAAUUCUCAUUACAUGCGAUUCUUAAAUUUCAAUGAAAGUUGGAAUUUAUUUUACAAGAAAGUAUUUGAGGAAAAAAAAGUCCCGCUUGAAUUUGAGACAAUUGGUAGAGGUAUUGUUGAAAAAUGUCAAGGAUUACCUCUAACAAUUACCGUGGUUGCUGGGCUCUUCACCUCCUUCAACCAGCCAUCACUAAACCAAUGGAGGAAUAUUGCUGAAAAUCUGAGUUCAUUGCUUAACACAGAUCCCGAAGAAAAAUGUUCAAAAAUACUUUCAUUAAGUUACAACCACUUACCUCCGCAUUUGAAAGUUUGUUUUUUAUAUUUUGGUGUUUUUCCAGAAGAUAGUAAAAUUCGUGUGAAAAAAUUGAUUAGGCUAUGGGUUGCAGAGGGAUUUUUAAAGCUUGAGUUGAAUGACACCAUGGAAGAAGUGAGUGAGGCUUACUUACAGGAUCUUGUAGACAGAGGUCUAGUUCAAAUUGAUAAGGGGAGUUUUGGCAUUAAAAUGAAGUAUUGUAGGGUUCAUGAUGUGUUGCAUAACUAUUGCUUGAGAGAAGCUCAGAGGGAGAAGCUUUUGUGUGUUGUAAAUAAGAAUAGUGUUCCGAUGGGUAGACUUAAACGCAUUCUCAUGAGAAUAAAGAGAAGCAUAUCAAUAGGCUCCGUUCCAAAAGCUUGCUAUUGGGUUAGCAGUCAGUUAACACAUUUGGGUUUGGCAAUUACUAGAGAAAGGUAUGAUGAGACUGGCGCACCCCUGGAGUUUCGUUCCAUUCUAUAUUUUGGAAUGAAAAAUAUUUCCUCCAAUCCAUUUCCCUGUUUUGAGGUUCUAAGGGUGUUGGACAUAUCUUCAAUAAUAAUUAGUGAGCACCACAUACCAAGUGAAAUAUGGAAUCUUCUUAAUUUGAGAUACUUAGCCUUAAGAACCUUUGAGUUCUUUCCAGAUUUAGAAUGGUUCAAGCUUCAAAAUUUGCAAACCUUGAUUGUUCUUAAUGUCCGCCCCUAUGGAUGGGGAAGACGGAAGCCAAAAUUUAAUAUUUUGGGUAUGCCACGACUAAGGCAUGUUUCUAUUAAUGGUUGCUUCCUCAAUCUCCCAACAUUGGUCCAGGGAAAUCUACAAGCUUUAUUUUGGUUGCAUCUAUCCCAUCAAGGUUUAGACUUUGAAAAAAUUCCGAACGUGAAGGAACUUGGGUUUUACAUUGACUACAACUAUGUUUCAGAGCUACUACGGCCUAUUUCACUUGAUGGUCUUGCCAAUUUGCAUAAGUUGGAGAACAUGAAAAUUAAAGCAUCAUGUAAAAGAAUUGAAAAUGAUUACUUUCGGCUUCAACGGAUAGCUUUGCCAGAAAACCUCAAAAAGUUGUCACUUUAUGGAACUUAUCUUUCACCGGAGGAUAUGGCCAUUAUUGGCACAUUGCCCAACCUUGAGAUUCUAAAAUUGAUGAACAAUGAUUUCAGUGGCCAAGAGUGGAACACAAGGGAGAAUGAAUUUUGCAGGUUAAAGUACUUGCAAAUUCAAAGGUCAUGUCUCAAGGAUUGGAAUAGUGCUCAUUUUCCCGUUCUUGAAUGCCUAAAUUUGACAUCGUGUUGGGAUUUGGAGGAAUUUCCAGCUAGUUUUGUUGAUAUUCCCUUUUUGCGGUUAAUUAUGUUAAACAAGUGUCGACGUUCCCUUCUUAAUUCUGCUAAACAGAUUCAAGAAGAGUGGCUAGACUACGGAGAUGAUAAACUUAUUGUGGAGGACUUUGAUUGUCGAAGAGUGGAAGAUGAAGAGGAAGAAGAAGUGCAAGACCAUAAUAUGAAUCACUGAGUGCAGGUGUGACAAGAUGAGCAAAAGUUAUAUUGGAGGCUUUUUUUUGUUGCUUUGACGAGAUGAGAUGCAAGUUAAAAGAAGGAUAUAAAAAUGGUACCAAAAGAAGUCUCUAUCUAAAGUACACUGUGAAAUAUGUUGACUGGGAUUCUUCUAUUGUGCCUUUCAUAAUUUAUUUACUUGAUGCGACUGAUCCUUGGAAAAUGUCUGAUGAUUCCAAAGGGUUUAUGAAAUUGCACCCGUGCCAGGUUGAAUAUUAUGUGGAGUCAUGUUCUGAUGCUGUGGUUAAUGAUAAAUGUGUUCAUACCAAAAGUGCAAGUGUUAUUUUGCCAAGUGGAGGGGAUGUCAUCUAUGCUGUUGCCCACCAGCACGCAGGAGCUAUUGGUUCAACUCUUUAUGGACAGGAUGGACGGACAAUAUGCUCAUCCCUCCCUAUUUACGGGAAGGGAAAGGAGGCUGGAAAUGAAGCGGGAUACGUUGUAGGAAUGACAACUUGUCAUCCUCGACCUGGUUCUGUCAAGAUUGUUGAGGGGGAGAUUAUAACCAUUAUGUCUAAUUAUAGCAAUAGUCAGAGCCACACUGGAGUCAUGGUUUUUUUUUACCUUGCUGUUGCUGAACCUUUGGAAAAACCCAAUUCUAUCAUGCAUGCUCAAAACUAGGUGAUGCCAUGAUCCCAACAAAUGGCCUUUGGGCUUUAUUUGCACCGUAUGGAAUUGCAAAUUGUAACAAUGGCUACAAACCUAUAGUUGUUUGA